CCAGAAGCUCCUCCUCCACAGGCUGAACAGUAAGUUUCAUCAUUCAGAGAGACAGACAGACAGACGGACAGACAUAGAGACAGACAGACAGACAGACAAAGAGACAGACAGACAGACAGCCUCAUCAUGGACAGGUUGACAGGUUGUGUCUCAGGAUGACUUCCUGUCUGUGGUUCUGUCUCUUCAUGUCUGUGUCCUCCAUCAUGGCGGCGUCUCAACCCGCUGGCUGUAAGAUCCGCAUCACCGACAAAGGACUGGAUAUGUUGAGGUCUGAGACUCAGAGGUUUGUUGAAGAGGAGCUCAGUAACAUCAGCAUGCCGGAGAUGAAGGGCAAAGAAGGACGCUUCCAGUACACCAUCACAGACGUGAAAAUAACUGAGUUGAAUCUGACUCACGCUGAGCUGCAGUUUGUCCCUGAAGUCGGUUUGUUGUUCGAUGUUCAGAAUUCAUCGAUCUCGCUGAGUUUCCACCGACGGAUCCUCUACUGGUUCUUUUAUGAUACAGGACACAUCAAUGCGUCGGCCGACGGCGUCAACAUCAACACAGUCGUAAAUCUAAUCAGAGACGAAGAAGGACGACUGAAGAUCAAUAACAUAACCUGCGACGCCAAAAUCUCCAAAAUGAGGGCGAAGUUCAGCGGAACGCUCGGGAGAGUUUACGAUUUCCUCGUCGGUUUUCUGACAACCGGGAUGCGUUUCCUCCUGAACCAGCAGAUCUGUCCCGCCCUGAAUCACGCCGCUCUGGUUCAUGUGAACUCGAUGUUGGAGACGAUCCCCGUGAGGUCGGAGGUCGAUGAUUAUAUUGGGAUCGAUUAUUCUCUGAUCGAUGAUCCGGUGGUGACGUCCCGGAGCCUCGACAUGCACUUCAGGGGGAUGUUCUUCGACCUGUCCCAUCCAAACGAAACACUGGCCAACUACGCCGUCAACCCCAUCAUCAGAGAGUACGACAGGAUGGUUUAUCUCGCUCUGUCCGAGUUCUUCUUCGACAGCGGGAUGUUCUCUUACUACAGGGCCGGAGUCUUCCAGAUGCACAUCGUCAAUGAGAAGAUGCCAAAAGACCUGGAGAUGUUGUUGAGAACCACCUACUUCGGAGCCAUCAUGAUGCUUAACCCGGCUCUGGUGGAUGCUCCACUCUCUCUCCAGCUUGCCGUUAACUCGCCACCAAAAACCUCCAUAAAGACCUCUGGAGCGACUGUCGUCAUGACGGCCAUCGUCAAAGUGAUGGUGCUGCCUCCAGGUCAGCCUCCGGUCCAACUGAGCAGCAUGACCAUGGAAUCAAAGUUCAACGCCAAGGUUUCUAUGAAGGGAAAACGCCUGGCUGUUCAUGCUGACCUCCGCAGGUUUAAAAUCUACUCCAAUCAGUCGGCUCUGGAAUCUCUGGCACUGAUUCCUCUGCAGGCUCCUCUGAAGACGAUGUUGCAGAUGUCAGUUGUUCCUCUAAUCAACAACUGGACUAAGAGAGGAGUUCGGAUCCCUCUGGCUGAUGGGAUGGAUUUCAUUGAGGAGGUGGUUGAAUAUCACAAUGGUUUCAUUGUGAUUGGAGCAAAUCUUCACUUCAGCAAAGGGCUGCGAGAAAUGAUCACAGCAACCAAUCAGACAGCAGCAGAAUCCAACAGCGUCUAAACUCACGAUAUACACACUUUAAACACACACUAUAAAUACACACUAUAUGUACACACACUAUAAAUACACACUAUACACGCACUGUAUACUGUAAAAACACAUAUAACACACGGUCACACAUAAUACACUGUGUGACCAUAAAUAACAUAAUGUAAAUAUAUUAUAUACACGCACACACACACACACACACACACACACACACUUUAACACAUAUACUAUACUAUAUAUAUAUAUAUAUUUACAGUGCUUAACAAGUUUAUUAGACCACCUCAAACAAAAGCUUGUUUAAAACGAAAACAUUUCGUCUAUCCUGACAUCUGUCCCCUGUCCUGUCCUCUGACCUCUGACCUGUGUCCUCUGUCCCGCCUCUGUCUUCUGUCCUGUCGUCUGUCCUCAGGCUGUUUAGCAGUUCUCCUCUGCUAACACUCCAGAUGUUGUUCUAGAUGUUGUCCCAGAUGUUAUUCUAGAUGUUGUUCGAGAUGUUGUCCCAUCAGCAGUUUGUCAGAUGUAACAGAUGUUCAGUCUCUUAUUAUACCUUUCCUCUUCGUUCUGAUGCUCGCUGUGAACUUCUCGUCUUCACCAUGUCUACGUGAGCUGCUGCUCUGUGAUUGGCUCAUUAGAUAAUUGUGUUAACGAGAUCACAGAUACACACACGUAUUUAUAUGUGUGUAUAUACAUAUAUGUAUGUAAAUAUGUAUGUGUAUAUGUAUAGACACUGAAAAUCUAACAUUAAACACUAAACCACAACGUGUAGGUAAACGAGCCUAUCCAAGACAACACUGUUACACCGUACAUUAAUCCCGCCCUGCUGUGCUGUGAUUGGCUCGUAAUAACCAGUUUAACUCAUGAGGAAAGUAACAUUUACAUUUUUGUUGUUUUGUGUGAAAGUUGUGAUUAAAUCUCUUUUUAACAAAG